CAAGCCUGUGAUAAAUGUGUUCCAUUUUACGGUAUCCUAAAUGUCAUAUUUUGUUUUGUUAUUGUUUUGAUUGGAACGCCCAUGGGUAACCUAUACAAUUAAAACAGUCUGUUGAUAUUUUUGUGAAAAAAAUCAUAUAAGGCAGUGCAAUUAGUGUAAAACGUGCGAAGUUAAAGUAUUGUUGAUUGUUUCACAGUGCACAAAUAAUGGAUGAGGCUAAUCUCUCAGCCCCAUAUGAAAAUCCUGAUAUCCCUGAAUCAGCAGCUAGCUUCACAGAAAGACCAAAUACAUGUCCACUCUGUAAUUCAACAGUGAAGCUGUUCUACAUAAAUUUUACUGAGAAGAUAUUUAUGUGUGAAAACACAGACUGUGAGUAUCCCUUUGGUCAUGAAGACAUCAAGUUUUACAAGUAUGGCCAAGAUCUCCAGAUAGCUGACGAUGUAUCUAGCAAUAAGAGUAGGAACACAGCAUCAGUUGCGGCAUCUACAAUAUCAUCAUCAGCAUGGGCAGACAUUGAGCAAAUGAAUAAGAUAUAUGAAUCUGAGGAAUGUCAGUUUGAUACAAAGGCAACUGAAUCAAAAGAAAAGAACAUUAAAACAAAAUUGGAAAAAGAAAUCGAAGCACAGUUGAGCAAAAAUGUUGCAAAUAUAAAAGAACUUACAAAGGAACUGUCUGAAACAGCAGCGGAGAAAGGCCAUUGUAUUAAGAAUGAAAAAUGGCUUAAAAACCUGAUGAAUAAACAGACAUCGGGAAUGAAACUGUUAAGGCAAGGGGAAAUAACAAAGCUCAAGAAAACAGAAUUGGCUCUUGGUGCAACUGAAUUGAAAAUUGAUAUUGAUCCAUCUAAAAAUAAUGUUUCAUCAAUUACAAUCAAUCUGACUAACCAAUAGAUCACCUUAAAUAUACUUUUAUGUUUUAAAUUUGUGAUACUAGUUCUAAUAUAUUUUUUACGAAUAUGAUAUUGUUAAGUUAUAUUGUUUUGUAUUAAAGUAUUUUUUUCAUGCUCUACUGGCAUGAUUUUUUGUAUUUUAUUGAUAAGAAAAGAAAAACAUUUUAUUAAGUACAAAGCACAAAAUGCUAUGUCUAUUACUUUUUCCUAGGGUGAUUAUGUAAUAUUUUAUCACUAAUAUAUUUUUUUAUCUAUAAUCAAUGAUAUGAAUAAAUCAUUGUCUAUGGUAUUAGUGGGUUUUUGUUAAAUACAAGUGGUGCUAAAAUUCAAAAUUCAAUUUUGAGUAUCAAUAAAGUCUGUGUAAACAAACUUAUAAUUCUCAAUACUCAUAUGGUGUUCAACAUUGGUAUGUUCUAUAUACCCACUUUCCAAGUCAUAGACAAUCUAUAAUUGCUAGCUAUGUAAGGUCUACUGAAUAAAAUUUUGGAAAUGUUUUUAUAAGUUACUUAAUAAUAAUUAGAUAUUUUUUGUAAGUACCUGAUAAAUAAAAUAAAUUAAAAAAAUACUUAUGUGCAUUGACCUAAGUAAUAUCCUAAAUAUUUUAACUAAGUAUUACUUCUUUGCCAUUUUUUUAAAUAUUCUUUUCUGAUUAUGCAUUUAGAUUGAUGUACUGCGCAACAACGACUAUAAGUGUAAUACGACAUAAAUGUGUGAGUAUUCAUAAGAAAUAAAAAGAUUCCCGCCAUUUUUA